AUGGCCCAUAAGUACGACACGCUGCUCGCCGAGAAAUCUGCAUUAAGCAAAAUACUCACUGAUAAGAAUCCGCUUCCUCAGCCGUGGUACAAGGAGAGAUUAAAGACUAAGUACUUAAAGAAGAAUCCUAAAGUGCAGUCUGAUGCUUUGAAUGGACAUAGAUGGCGCUUCCUAAAAAGUGGACUGGAUGAUUUUCGUGAUGGGUAUCCACCUCAGUCACAAGAGGACUUAGCCAUUAUACAGAGUCAGAAAGGUGCUGGCCUUAGUCCUUUGCUGGUGAACACAACUGAAACUUUCAAGCCUGCUCAACAUGUAUCAAAAAGACUCACUAAAUCACAGAUAUGUUAUUCCAAGGCUCUACCAUUACAACAGGCUAAGAGAGAGCAGAUUGAGGAGAUUGAAUAUGGCUUGAGUCAGCAUCCGUUAGCUCUUUAUCCACACUUGGAAGAAGGAGUGCCUCCAGAGCUCUUUGAGAACAUUGUAGAGAUCCUGGAUCCUGAGAUGCUGCUGACCAGUGAGGAGGUUCAGGCAGGUCCCAUGGAACCUACUGAAGGAAAUGAGAAACUUCAAAAGGCACAGAAGAGGAAGGAAAUGCUUGGACAAAAAUGUUCAAAAAGCAGUGAAGAGACGAAACAAAGAAACCCAUACAAAUGGAUUCUAACCAGAGGGACACAAAAAGAAGACAAGAGUGCAAAACUGAAAGGGGACACACCGUCACAGCAAGAGAAAGAAAUAGAAGAGGUUACAAAGGCAUUUUGUGACUGGGUUGCUUCGCUGGGUAGCGAGAACAACAAUAUCGAAGAAGCAACUAUCAUGAGCCUGUUUGCCAGCAACUACGAGUCGCAGGCUGCACUUGCAAUACCUAUCCAAGUAGUAGAGCUGAUUGAUGUGCCACCAGAAUUGAGGAAAACUGUAGGAACCCCUCCACCACCACCUUCAGCUCAAACCAGCAAAGCUAUUGGCACGGAAUCUACCCAACAAAGGGAGUACAAAUUUAAAUAUGGAGCCUGGUAUUUGGACCCAAAGACAUGGAUGAAAAGAAGAGUUGAUGAACCUCUGGUUGAUCCCAAUUUUGUGCCCGAGACAGAGGAAUCAUAUUUAUCUGAAGGAGAUAUUGAGAAGGAAAGAAAGAUGAGAAGACUCCAUGCAAUGUUAUCUUUCAAGAAAUUCAUUGAAGCUAAAGGACUUAGAAAACCAGAGUUUAUGAAGAAACUAUUUGACACAGUCGAUGAAAAUGGAAAGAUCGUUUCCUGACUGAAACUGGAAACCUUGAAGCACGGAUUUUAUUCUUCAAUGUGUAACACCGUCAUUGUUAAUUAAUAUGUGAUUUCAUUGUUUUACCUUAUCACACUUUCUAUUAUAUUAUGAUUCUGCUUUAAAAAUGGCCACUAGUUUAUACUUACAGAAAUUUUUUUCACAAGAGUUUAUUGGAAAUUUUUUUCCAAGAACUGACAACGACAAAAGACAGCUACCUUGUACAGUGGACCUAAAUGCAGAUAAUAAAUGAGCAUUUUCAAUUCUGUUCUUCCAACUAUGGUUGCUCAUUUUGCAUGUAGUAGAUGUUAUCAGGAGCACAAUUAUCUGUUGAACCAGGUUACACCGAUAGCCAAGCAGCG